UCGAGCUGUGCCACACGUUCCUCCACAAGAGCUUCAAUUGGCAGUGAUGGCAUACCACAGAGAGCACUGUCUACCACUCUAGUUUCCAAACACAGUUUACGUAAAUUGCGGGCAGAAAUUGUUUCAGAUAUGAAAGCCCUAAUGUUACUGGUGGUGUUUUCUGGGAUGUUGAACGUGUCUCAAGAGUGUGAUUUCUUUAGUGAAUUCUCCGGCGUCAAUAUGAUGAUCUUGGGAGGAGAGAAUGAUUCAAUCAAGAUCAACGAGACUGAGGAAAGCUUGGGGGUCAAGAACUCCCACGAACUGAAUACCGUGUCAUCAAGAGAUUAAUUAUUAAAUCGGCUCACAGUUUGCUCACCGUCGUACGUUUCGUCGACCAUCCUCACGAUGCGGCCUGCUCGUCAAGCAUUGAUCCUUGCUCGCUCUUUGUCGCGAGCUCAGCGUAGAACUCUGCACCAGACGAAGGUCCGGCAUGCUAUCACCAACCUGGAAAUGCCAGCCAUGUCGCCGACUAUGACAGAAGGUGGCAUUUCCUCAUGGAAGAAGAGGGAAGGCGAGUCCUUCUCUGCGGGAGACGUCCUACUGGAAAUUGAAACGGACAAGGCAACUAUUGACGUCGAGGCGCAGGAUGAUGGUAUCUUGGGUAAAAUUAUCGCGCAAGACGGUAGCAAGAACGUUCAAGUUGGCAAAAUCAUUGCCCUCCUUGCUGAGGAAGGAGAUGACAUUUCGAACCUCGAGGCACCCAAGGAGGAGUCCAAGCCAGCACCUUCUCCGCAACCCGAAACUCAGGCAACUCCGCCCCCACCUCCGGCACCAGCACCUCAACCUACAGCUUCCAAAGUGUCGCACCACCCGAAACACUCGAAGCACUUACUGCCAUCUGUGAUACGCCUUCUCAUUGAAGGCAACGUUGUUGAUGCAGAAGCUAUCCCAGGCACGGGUGUUCGCGGCAUGCUUACCAAGGGCGAUGUACUUGCAUACCUCGGGAGAGCGUCGAGUCCGAUGGGAACAUUCAAGGAAGCGAAGAAGGAAGUUUCAGAGCCGAAAAGGGUCGAGGAAGUUAAGCCAUUGGACGGCGCUGCCAUCCGCCAACUUAUUGUCUCUGGCCUAGCCGCCAAAAUGAAACCUGCACCUGCACCUACAACACCAGCGACCUUCGACGCCAUCAUCGCCGACUACCUCCCUCCUUCAUUCUCCUCACCUAAGGCUGCACCAAUACCCAUAUCAUCAACGAAGGUACAAGACAGCUCUGCCAAGUACUUCGAUGGGUUACUUUAA